AUGCCAUCUUCCGUCCAUCCUCAAGACCAGGACCAGCCCAUGACGGACGCUCUGCCCCAGGAGCAGGAGCAGGAGUAUGAACAAGAAGAUGUGUUGGAACUGGAGGAGAAGCGGAUUGUCGUUUUACCUGGUGCCACCGAAACCGCUGCUUCAUUCCAGUUCGAGGGCGAGGGCCAUACCUUGGGAAAUGCUUUACGAUAUGCGAUCAUGAAAAAUCCCCAGGUUGAAUUCUGUGGAUAUACCAUCCCUCACCCUUCGGAAACGAAAAUGAACCUACGAAUCCAGACGUACGAUACAACGAAUGCAGUGGAGGCUUUGGAAAAAGGCUUGGAAUCCUUGAUGGAUCUAUGUGACGUUGUCACAGAAAGGUUUAUCUCUGCGCGUGAUGCUUUCAAUACCUCCAAGGCAGAUAAAAUGACAUCGUAG